AAUGUCUCUGGAAAGUGAAAAAGUGAGUGAGGAAAAACAAGGAGCUAACACUGAAACUGAACAUUAUCUGUUAUGUUUAAGACUGUUGUAAUUGUUUUCUAUUAAUUGCGCUAGCAAUAAAAAAAAAAAAAAAAAGCACUCCUGUGACAUCACUGCAGCGCACAACCUCUAACUUCUAACAGGAAUUACAAAAAUACAGCACAGACCAACAAACUAACACCAGACUCGCCAACAUCUUGAGAAAUACUCAGAUAUAAACAUAUUUAAUGUGUUUCAGGGUGGAGUUUUCCUUUAAACACAGAUUCAUGAUGUCUUCAUUGGUGCCAGUUUUGAAAUGAAAGAACUGUGACACUCAGUUACAUCAAAGUUAUUAUUAUUAUUAUUAUUAUUAUUAUUAUUAUUGUUACAGCUGUAAUUUUCCAUCAGAUUAUUCCUCCCAAGCUGCUUGCUGUUCACACACACACCCACACACACACACACACACACACACUGAAGAUGAUGUGACCCAUUGGUGAGCUGUACAAGCCGUGAUUAUAGAAACAGAUACAAGGCCUGUGAAGUUUGUCAUUUUUAUACAAAUUAUUAUGACACAAAAAUAUGCAGGACAACAGACCAAAAUUAGAGAAACUCCCAUUUCAAAUGGAGACAAUAUGAAUGCAAGAAAAAUACUGAGAUUUAAAAGAAUUUUAAAUAAAAAAGGAGACAUUUUCACCUCCGAGCCGCUGGGUGUCGCUGUGACUCCCGCUGACUGAGUCGCAGGCAGUAGAACAAAUGGUCUCAGUGGUGGAAGUGCUGUGUCUCCUCCUGGUCGCUGCGUUAUGGGGAGCCACCAACCCCUUCCUCAGGAAAGGAACCGAGGGCAUCGAGCACGUUAGGCGAGGAGACAAGAUCUCCCAGUUCCUGGCUGAAGUCAAGUUUCUGUUCCUCAACGUCAAGUAUCUGGUGCCGUUUCUGCUGAACCAGAGCGGCUCCGUGGUCUUCUACCUCACCCUCGCUACAACAGAUUUGUCUCUGGCCGUGCCGACGGUCAACUCGCUCAGCCUCGUGUUCACGAUGUUCUCUGGGAAACUGCUCGGGGAGGAAUUUGGAGGAAAAAGUGCGGUGUUGGGGAUGGUGCUCAUUACAGCUGGUGUGACGCUGUGUGUGUUGAGCUCUGUCUCAGAAUCCGACAGUGCAGGAGUCCACACCACUCCAUCAAUCUAGACCAGAACCAUCUUUAUGUCAUGGUGAACAUCAGUACUUUGCGUAGGACAUGUUCCCGGAUCGAUAUUCCUUUUUAACCGGUCGUUGCCGUGGGAUGUGAUGUCAUCAUCGUUUACCUCACACUUCUCCAGUUGUAAAUAUGUGAAAAAUUUCAAGGCAGUAGAUAUUACCAUGACCACAUCUUUCUUUUUUAAAAUAUGUAUUUAUGUAAGUUAUUUCUUACUACCCUAAUAAUAAUAAUAAUUAUAACAA